UCCUCAGUGCCUCAGAGGAGGUUUGACGACCGAGAGAAACGUUACAGGGGGCUCAGUGGGAAAGAAAAAAGCAGCCCUUUGGGUGAGCUUAUCUGGAUAACUGGUCAGUGCUGAGCAAAAAUGACGAGGGGAAAUCAGCGUGAGCUCGCUCGCCAGAGGAAUGCUAAGAAGCAGAACGACCAGAGCAAGGGCAAGCGAAAUGAUGAUGGUCUGUCAGCAGCUGCCAGGAAGCAAAGGGAUGCAGAGAUCAUGCAACAAAAACAAAAGAAGGCCAAUGAAAAAUUAGACACAAAACCAAAAUAGCGGCUUUUUGACUGCAGCCGACAUCACGAAGACUCUCCUGUGUAAAUGUUAUCCUUGAUGUCCUAAGAUCACAUUCGGGGUUUUUCUUUGUGUUUAGGUUCCAGUACAUGAAUUCAAGUCUCGUAAUCUUUCCUUUGAGGAACAUUUUCUAUCGUGUAGCUUUGGGGAAGCCGUUUGAUUGCUUGGAUUGAAAAUUCAGUUAUUAGUUUGUCGCACAGGUCUCACUUUUCUUGAGCAGUAUUUACAAUGUAAAAAAGUAAAAAGAAAAAAAAAAAAAGCCAGACCGCUCAGCCUGGAACCACAAUCUUGUAUUUUUAUACCCCCGCCCUUGUACUUUACUUUCAGUAACUUAAUAAAAUGUAGCCCCAGA